AUGCCUCCCCCUCCCACACCCGCCAAAGAUGGGAAGGAUGCAAAGGAUGCAAAGGAUGGGAAAGAUGCAAAGGAUGGGAAGGAUGGGAAAGAUAGCAAAGGUGAAAAUGAAGGGAAAGAUGCCAAGAAUGAGAAAACUCCCGCACCAACAUCUGCUACUGCAGCUGCAGCUGCCGAUGGAAACAAGCCUGCUUCACCCUGUAAAGACAUUGCCAAGAGUAGUUCUUUUGACUUGUCGAAAUUAGAUGUUCUUGCUGCAGCUGCUGCCGAAGGUGAGCAAGCUGCUGAAGGUGAGCAAUCUGCUGAAGUGGGUAAGGUUGCUCAAGCUGUGAAAUUCUUAAAUGACUUUGUGGCAAGAGGAGGCGAAUUGUUUUCGAAACUCUCUGUCAAAGGGUUGCAGCCUAAUUUUCAGACAUACACUACAAUAAUAAAUGCAUUUUGCAAAGAAGGAUUGGUAGAUGAAGCAUUCGAACCUUUCCGAAAGAGGGAAGGGGAUGGCUACUCUCCAGAUGAAUGGUCUUAUAAUGUUAUUAUCGGAGGAUUUCUCCAGCAUAAGGAUGCAUCAAGGGCAGUGCAACUUAUUGGUGAAAUGAGAGAUAAAGGGUUCUUUGCAGAUGACCACACCAAAGCCUUGGUGAUGGAUCUGUUAUCUAACGAUGAAAAUGUGGAAAAUAGCUUCAAUCACUUGCUCUUUUUCCAUGUUUUCCAUUAG